AUGAGCCAACAAGAGCCGGCCCCAAAGCCGAAGAAUAAGCCCAACAAGCCGCGCAAACAGGGCAAGUCGGGCAAGAAGACCAACCCGCAGCUGCUGGAGCUGACAAAACUCACCAAAAACUUCAAACCAAUCACCGUGAAUGGUAUCCCCAUCAGUUCGCUCUCAAAGCCCUUACCGGAGUUUCUGAACUCAGCGACGGCCGACCAAUCCAACGACCUGUACCUGUCGUUUCUGAUAAAGCCAUCUGACCCCGACUUCCCGUUCGAUCUGGAUUUCCUCAAACUGUCGCUAUGCAUUCCAGGGGGUUACCCCCACAAGGGCCCAAACCCGUCGGUUGUUGUCUUAAACGAGGAAAUACCCAAGGGAUACAGCGCUAACGUGGAGAUCGGGUUCCGUGAGAUUUCCCGUGUGGCCAUGGACAGACGCAGAAGACGUCCGGUCGAGUCGGAGAUCCAAAUGGUGGCCGGAAACGAUCUGCUCAGCAUGUUUCUGACGCUCGACAAGAACCUGGAACGGUUUCUGUCGAUGGAGAAGAAGGACACAAUCAAGUUCGUCAAGACAAUAAAGAAGGAGAAACCAAAACCGCAGCCAACACAGAAACAAGAACCAAAGAAAAGUGAAAAAACCAAGAAACCGGCUCCCGCAGAGCUGAGUCUCCGUGCCAAGGAGAUUGACAGAUUUCUUCAUCGACUCGGUUUCCUGGACAUCAAGCUGUUCAAGGAAACCAAUCAGAACUCGAUCUACAAGUUUGUGCUCCCGUUCGAGGACAACUCGUUCACCAUAGCCAUAGAUAACCUGCCAGACAUUGUGAUUCACCAACUGGCCAUGAAACUGAUCGUGCCCAAGGACUACCUGACAAGCGAGAGAAGCGGACUCAAGCUGGAGAUCGACAUGUCUAACAGCCAGAACAUCGGCUUGGUCAACUCUAUCGAGGAUAAGAGCCUCAAACUGAUCUUUGGUAAGCUCAUCAGCAACAUCAACGGCAACUUCUACCAUUCGUCGCUGGAAAUGGUCAAACACAACAACACAAGCAUCACGUCGCAGGUCAACAUGUUUGUGCAGAACAUCGAGAAGUUUCUGCGUCCGCCCGCCGACUUCUCGCGCUGGCUCGCUGCCAACGAGGUGCUCAACGGUACCUUGCAGACGGUGUAA